AUGGGUAAAGACUUUCGUUAUUAUUUCCAGCAUCCCUGGUCUCGCAUGAUUGUGGCUUACUUGGUGAUCUUCUUUAACUUCUUAAUAUUUGCGGAGGACCCAGUUUCCCAUAGCCAAACAGAAGCCAAUGUUAUUGUUGUUGGAAACUGCUUUUCAUUUGUAACAAAUAAAUACCCUAGAGGAGUUGGCUGGAGGAUUUUGAAGGUGCUUCUAUGGCUACUUGCCAUUCUCAUAGGACUAAUAGCUGGCAAAUUUCUGUUCCACCAGCGUUUGUUUGGUCAGUUGCUCCGGUUAAAAAUGUUUCGAGAGGACCAUGGGUCAUGGAUGACAAUGUUCUUCAGCACAAUUCUCUUUCUCUUCAUCUUUUCUCACAUAUACAACACGAUUCUUCUAAUGGAUGGGACCAUGGGGUAG